CGGAUCCACCUUCGGAGGGAUGCGCCUCGUCGCACAGCUGACUGGGAACGCAGGUAGUCCGUCGGACGGGCGCUCGGCGUACUUGUUGAUCUCCGGGCGACGCAGCGGGGCGACAUGCGGAGCGGGACGCCGGCGGCAGCGCUCUCUGCCGCGACGGAGGCAGGAGACGGGGAAAUGGAUCGGAUUAAACCCUGGCAAUAGAAAACCAAUAACGGCACCUCCUCAAAAGAUGCUCCUGCUUCAUCUUCGUUUGCGCCGGCGCAUUGAUUGUUCACAGAGCUGUACGUGCUCGCUCCGUCGGCGCAGGAUGACAACAACUCACUACGAUACAGAACUGAAAGUCAACAGGAGCCCCUGUCCAUAAGCCCAAAUGUUUGCUGCUCUCUCCCAACACAAAGACACUAUGGAUAAGUCCUUGGCGGAGCUGAAUAAGCCCGGCUCCCACUCCACGUCUUCGCUGCCGCCUGAGCCGGUGGACAUUGUGCGCAGCAAGUCGUGCUUCCGCAGGGUCCGGCUGAACGUGGGGGGUCUGCCGCACGAGGUCCUGUGGCGGACGCUGGACCGGCUCCCGCGCACGCGCCUCGGCAAGCUGCGCGACUGCAACACCCACGAGUCCCUGAUGGAGGUGUGCGACGACUACAACCUGGAGGAGAACGAGUACUUCUUCGACCGGCACCCCGGCGCCUUCACCUCCAUCCUGAACUUCUACCGCACGGGGAAGCUGCACAUGAUGGAGGAGAUGUGCGCGCUGUCCUUCAGCCAGGAGCUCGACUACUGGGGCAUCGACGAGAUCUACCUGGAGUCGUGCUGCCAGGCCAGGUACCACCAGAAGAAGGAGCAGAUGAACGAGGAGCUCAAGCGGGAGGCGGACAACCUGAAGGACAGGGAGGGGGAGGAGUUCGACAACACCUGCUGCGCCGAGAAGCGGAAGAAGCUGUGGGACCUGCUGGAGAAGCCCAGCUCGUCGGUGGCGGCAAAGAUCCUGGCCAUCAUCUCCAUCCUCUUCAUCGUCUUGUCCACCAUCGCCUUGUCUCUGAACACCCUCCCAGAGCUGCAGGACAUAGACGAGUUCGGCCAGUCCACGGACAACCCCCAGCUGGCCCACGUGGAGGCCGUGUGCAUCGCCUGGUUCACCAUGGAGUACCUGCUCCGCUUCCUCUCCUCCCCCAACAAGUGGAAGUUCUUUAAGGGUCCUCUAAAUGUCAUCGACCUGCUGGCCAUCCUUCCCUACUACGUCACCAUCUUCCUGACCGAGUCCAACAAGAGCGUGCUGCAGUUCCAGAACGUCCGGCGCGUCGUCCAGAUCUUUCGGAUCAUGCGGAUCUUGCGCAUUUUAAAGCUGGCGCGUCACUCCACGGGUCUCCAGUCUCUGGGCUUCACCUUGAGGAGGAGCUACAAUGAGCUGGGUCUGCUCAUCCUGUUCCUGGCCAUGGGCAUCAUGAUCUUCUCCAGUCUGGUUUUCUUCGCCGAGAAGGAUGAGGAGGACACGAAAUUUAAAAGCAUUCCAGCCUCCUUCUGGUGGGCGACUAUAACUAUGACCACAGUAGGCUACGGAGACAUUUACCCAAAAACUCUCCUGGGAAAGAUUGUGGGGGGGUUGUGUUGCAUAGCUGGAGUGCUGGUGAUUGCUCUGCCUAUUCCUAUUAUUGUAAAUAACUUCUCUGAAUUCUACAAGGAGCAGAAGAGGCAGGAAAAGGCCCUCAAACGAAGAGAGGCUCUUGAGAGGGCGAAGAGAAACGGCAGCAUUGUCUCAAUGAACUUGAAAGAGGCUUUUGCUCGGAGCGCAGAGCUGAUGGACGUGGUGGUGGAGAAGAGCGAGAGACCUCACGACAACCACCUCUCGCCAAGUCGCUGGAAGUGGACCCCCAAGAGGGCCGCGUCGGAGACCAGCUCCAACCGCUCGUUCAACGCCCACGAGCUGGGCUCCCCCAGCAAGACCCGAGGCGCCAGCCCCCAGAGGCUGAAUGUGCAGAAGCUGGAGGAGAUGUACAACCAGAUGGCAAAGACCCAGUCGCAACCCAAUCUCAAUGCUAAAGACAGAGGCUCCAGGACUGGCAAACACAGAGACGAGAUCGAGCUGGGGGCCCUCCAAGACCACGGGCCACCGGUGCUGGGGGCCCGGGAAGGAGUGGGGGACAUGAAGAGCUUGUCCAGCAUCGACAGCUACAUCAGCUGUGCCACCGACUUCCAGGAGAACCCGCGUUUCUCCCAUAGUCUGGCGAUCGACGCUGGUCUUCAGGAAAGCAACCCAUUCUGCCACAGUCCCGCCUUGUCCCAGCUUUCGGGUGUGAAAGCGGGCAAACAGAGCACCGGGGAGCGUGACCCCACGCUGACCUCUGUUUCGUUUACAAAGCACUCAGGCUCAGAGAGCACGAGGAGGUUCUUCUUUUCUGGCAGCUCUUCGAAAAGCCUUAUCCCCAAGAAAGGCUGUCGCAGUGAAGGGGAGUCCGUAUUGUCCCCGCUUUCAGAUAGCUCGGUCACAUCGGACCACUCUUUGCUAAGCCCUGAAACCUCUGUCUAUACCACUGCCAGCAGCAGGACCCCACCAAAGUCCCCAGAGAGCACUGCCCCGACUGUCUUCACCUUCCACGACUCGUCCAUCAGCAAAUACAUCGACGCCGAUACGGACGACGACGAGCACCUCCGCGACAUCUCCGACACCAGUCCCUCGGAGUGUCUGUUGGCCGGUUUGAGCCCCAAACGCAGCAUCAACAUCAAUUACCAGAGGGGCAGCAACCAUUUAGAAGCAGCCCAGAAAAUGCUGGGCCAGAACUGUCUGUUCCCCCUGGAAGGGAUCCGUGGGGUAUCCCAUGAGAACCAUGUAGGGCCUGAGAUGCUACGUAGACCAAAGGUGGAGAGGGGGCGUCAGAAUAUGGAUAAGAACCUCUGAGGCGCGAGCAGAAGCCAACGGAACUGGAGCCAGAGUGUUUGCGACGCAGAUGCUAUACAGACUCAAAACACUCCACAGGCGGACGAAGGACUCGAUAGCUGAGCGUUUCCAAAGGGCCGGACGCCGCUGGGCACGAAGCUCUGGGCGAGCCCUCGUGGAGAAUACUCUGGGAGAAAAACAUUUCUAAACUGGAGAAUGUCACUGCCCCACCUUCAGCUCAUUCCUUAUAGCAGCGACCCACACCCACAAGGCUAAGGAGCACUCCCAGGUAGAGUGGAAGCCGCUGUGACCCCACAGGGGGAGUAGGGGGUCACGUCUGUGUCCUCUAUGACCCGCCGGCCACUGUCCCACUACAGAGUCCUAGCAGACAAGGUACAGGGGAGCACCUAGAAGCCUAUAAGCUACUUAAUGUGCCCUCCAUUCCCAAACCUGGCCUUAGUCAUUUACAUGUCGGCAUAUACAGUAUGUGUGUGCAUAUGUGUGAGUGUGUGCAAAUGGACGGCUGACCUGAGGGUAAGUCACGUGUACACACUCUUGAGAUUGUCCUGCCUGAUUUAUUUUUCUAGAGAGAAGAGGGAGUUCCUUAUAGAAGUAUGUGAUCCGCUAGCGGGCUCCGUCGUAGCCCGUAUGUGGAGAGUAACAGUGUACGAGGUUCGGUGGCGCGUCAUCGGAGGCUGGUUUCAAAGAGCAGUGUUUUGCUCUCCCUCUGUGUUAAUACUGUAUGUGGUCAAAGUGAAGAUGGCCGCCGUUUCAGAGCCUCAGCGUCGCUCGAGCAGAGAGCUGGACCGAACAUAGGCUUGAGAGGGACUGUAAUCUAGAUUACGAGGCACGCAUGCGCCCGACCAGCACAGCAACAACAUACAGAAACGUGAUCAAAUGCACGCACUUCAUACGCUUAGUGACACGGCAGCAUAUGUUCAGCAUGCACUGGCCUUCAUUUGAGCGACAUAAAAGCAGCCAAAGACAUCACACAGUUUCAGACUCUGGGCGUUGUGCGUGGACAGCAGCGUAGUUAAUCAUCUCUACUUUAUUCAUCCAAAUAAAACCUUUUAGCACUGAGUAUAAUCAACCGCGUUAGCUUCACCAUGAAUCAGUUUUGGUGCCAGGACUGAUGAGACUCAUGCAUGAAGGUACCACAGACAAUCCACGGGAUGCGGUGAUACACCUAGUUUCCAUGGUGACAGCAGCUGUCAGUGUCGGCUUUCCUAAUUGGGGCAAGAAGGUCUGAUUGCAUGUAAUGUAUGCUCACACACACACACACACACACACACACGUAUAUGAGAACGCACCCAGCCUUGGAGUGACAGGCAACGCACAGAACAGCGAGCCUCCUCAUCGAUCACGUCCGUUCUGUGUACGUGCAACUUCGUGGUGUAAGGACCUACUUCUUCUGUUCGUCUCACGUUCUCUGUAGCAUCCUGUGAUCCUCUCUCCAGGCAAUAACGAUGGCUUUUACUGUCUCGACUGUUAGAAGCCCCCAGUUCGUUUGCAACAUCGCAGAAGAAGCAGUCACGCAAAGGUGUUAGUACGAACACAACCACACACAAUGUCACGGCCACAUGAAAAGCCAGACGAUGACGGGACAAAGGUGCUUUAUCUGCUUUAUCCAUAUUUAAAUGGGAAACUCAUUUAUUACCCCACACUAAAACAACACAAUGGGACAAUUAGACAUGUAACAAAGUGCUGAUACUGUCUUGAGCAUUUAAUAAGGUCAUAUAUGAACUUCCCCUUUUAAUCUUUUAAGCUUAUGCCAUGAGCCGAUUCAGUGUAGAGUUAUUAAACACCCGCAGUCCUCAGUUGCCUACGAUCUCCAGUCAGGGUACAAUAUUUUCGUAAUUAAUUUCUUCUAUUAUCUCUAUGUUCGCUAAUGUUAAUGAGGCGAGUGACAAAACCCAAUUAAAAUGCAAGAUUUACUUAAAUUCUGAGCAAAUGCUAUUAAACAGGUCAUUGCGCUCAAUAUUUAGGUGUUGACUGCAAUUUGCUUAAACUUCAACACAUAUUGUUAGACAUACGUUUCGUAGUGGUUGUGUUUUAAUCAUGUCAUAUUGUUGACCUGUACUGAGGAGCACUGAGGUGUGAGGGGUGAAGGAGGGCUGAACUGUGUGACAUGACUGCACGCGUUGGGGAAACCGCACAUUUGUUUUCUUUUUGUUUAACCCACGGUUCUGAUUUCACACAUCACUUUGGCUCAUGUUUCUAACCUGCAGCGUCACUCACAGCUUGUCAACAACUGGCCAGCAUCAUAGUCACAGAUAAAAGUAAAAACAGCAACUAAAAUGACCUAACGAUGAAUGAAAUAAUGCUUUAACCGACAUUGUAUUUCAAGGUCGUAGCCAAUGUUUGUCAAACGUGUUUCCAUAUUGGAUCUAAAUGUCCAGGAAGUUGUGAAUGGACAAACUUCAAACACUUUGUGAUUGAAUAAACUGAUUUCCUUAAGAUUUGGAUAAAGGGCAUUUACAUCACGUAAAGUUUCAUCAAGCUAAAUAUGAGACUCUGAUUAUUUUCUAUAUUAUGGAAGUCAGGGACCAUUUACAACAACGAUGACAAUCAAUGUUCAUGAACAGGCAGCAAGAACUGGGCUUUACUCUGGUUUCUAACUCUAGUAUGGAAACGAUUCAUCACCUCCGAAGGUUCAAAAGCAUCAAGGAUGAUGUGAUUUAUUAGACUGUGAUACUGUGACAUGAUGCCACCGCAACACAAACAAUCUCUACUCUAAGUCAUUUCUGUCUUUCUGUUAUUUUGAAAUGAAUGUCAUUAAGAGCUCAGAUCCCUGUAGUACGAACUCUGACAUAACCUACUACUUGUUAUAAAGGAAUUGCUUUACAUUUUUCUAUUCAUUUAUCAACACAAAUCAUGAUGAAAAGCACAAAUUGUGAACGUUGUCCAUACAAGACAUGACUGUACAGUAAACGCAUUCAAACCGAAAUCAAAAACACAAACUUCCAGCUCCUAAAUUCAAAGGGUUUGUUUAACUUCGGUAGGAAAAUCAUGGGACCUUUUGAAGGACACGCGGCCGUUUCCGCAACCCCGUCACGACCCGCAGCUUUAGCAAGUAGCCCAGAUCCACACACCUUAUUACAGGCUGGGGUCGAUUCAAGAUGCCUUGACCGAGUGAAACACGUGUAACACACCACACAGCGAAAGGAAGCAGUAUUAGAGCACGAGACAAAUUCAAAGCUAUAUUUUUUCUACAUUGUAAGCUCUCAGUGGAAUUGACCCCGACCUGCCUAAGCCAUCAGUCUUUGUAAAGUACACUGUUUCCAGGGAAUUGAAAAAAAGCUCUUUGAACGACCUUAGCCAGCUCUUAUAUAAUGUCGUUUGUAGGUCCAGAGUCUGUUUUGUAAGAAAAAACACAAAAAACUGUUUUUACCUGUUGACUUUCUAUGCUGUUGUUUCCGUAUCAAUGUUCUGUUGUUCGGUGCAUGUUGUAACCUUGGCGUUGUGACUGGUUGUGAUUCACACAGAGCCAGUACGUGUCAUGUAAAAAAAAAAUGUCUCCGUGUCUUUAAGGUUUUUUUUCUUAUGAAAGCAACAUUUCCCUUGGAUGACUCAAAGUUAAAUAAAAUAAAUCACUUUACAUUUUGA